AUGUCAUCCGUCAUCAAGUCCAUAAAAUAUAACUAUUCAAAUGAUGAAAUAUCACCAGAAAGUAUCGAUGUUUCGGAUGACGAUGACUUUAAUUUCAAGUAUGUGCCGUCAAAUCAAUUUAAAUAUAUCGUGAAAGAUGUCAGAAGACAGAGAACAAAAAAUGAUGAGGAACGGGUUUGGACUUCUUUUGUGAAUCGGCAGGACCAGAAGUCGAAUUAUUACCAAGAAUGUUAUCACGGAGUCGACGCCAAGCAGCUGCUGCGUGAAAAUUUACAAGAGGUUGAUAAAGAGCUGAGAAAAUUUGAUGCAGACUCAGAGCAAACUGAAAGAUUGACUGUGUGUACGAAUGAUUAUAAAAGAUCCAACUUGCCUUCGAGAGAGGAAAAAAAGUCAUUAAAAUUUGAUUAUCAAGUCGAAAAUGACGAGGAUAACGACUCGGAAAGCAGCAGUACAUUGCGAGCUGUGCAAAAAGAAGACGAGGAUGAGCUGAUUUACGAGCGGUCCCCGGUAUCUCAGCUAGACUUCAAAUCUAAAACGACAAAACUGCGUUACGAGCACACGAUAAGGCAUCAUCAUGAACGACCAUGUACAUUUUACCGAGAUUGCAAUUGUCGUGAUUGUACUUCAACUCCUGAAUUGAUAUCCCAAAAUGGGAGUAAUCAAUAUUCCUCGCACGUAGUACGUAUAGAUCCAGUAGUAGCUCACAAAAUUUUAGGGGUUCAGGCUAAAAUCUCGGAACUUCUGGAUGAAAUUUCAUACCGACUUUGCCGAAUACCCCAGCCGGAUGGUGAUAUUGAUUUAAAGCGACGUCAGCAACGUGUCAUGGAGUUUGCAAUACGCUUUUCACGUAAUUAUUUGUAUGAGUUGAGACGUCAAAUGUCUGACGUGCAGAGACACGUACGAGUUAUGUCACCAAGCGCCAGACGACCUACUAAACGUGUGCUCUCACUUCAUAUGCAAGCGCUGGAACAAAAAUUAUGCUCAAUCCAUCAAUUAUUACUCAAUGCUUUAAGCGCUUACUGCAAGCAUAUACCGAGUUCUAUUUUGAAAGGACAUCCGGGAAAGCUUAAGGAAAUUCUGCAGGUUGUUAUCGAUCUGAGAGACGUGUGCUCAAAAAUUAAUCUCACUGCUGAAUUAUUCGGUGCUGGCGAUACUGCUCCACUUCCUCUGGGAAAAGAUACGCAGAAAAGAUGCUAUGCUAUUUUGUCAAAGCUCCGUUUGACUUCAGACCACGAAUCAGCUUACAAUCAUACUGCACCGACACUGAUUGGUACUUCAGCGUCUGAAGCCAAGAGAAGAAAUCGCCUGGACAACCGUAAACAUAAUCAAAAUCGUUUCAGUAUGUACUGCGUUGAUUCUAAGUAUUCAAAAUGCCUGAGAAAUCGGCGGCCUGUUACUGUUGGUGUGUGUCCAAGAACCGCUGUUGGUAGAUUAAGACUUAAUAAUCCAGCGUCUGGACCCAUAGAACCUCCGCAUCCUAAUAUUGGGAUGCAAAAACCGAGACGCGAGGUCUUGAAACGAAACCGCGCUAGGACGAGAGCUUAUCAGAAGGAAGAUGAUAUCAGAACUCGACAGAGCGAAACCCACACUAAAUCGAGUAAACAUAAUGUUAAUAGUAAAAAAUCCACUGAAAUUGUUAUUAAAAAUAAACAAUUAUCUAGUUUAAUUCCAAUCAUCACGGAUUUAAUUUCUCUGGCAGCUAAAAAACAAAAAAACUCAUCAUUGAAGGACGCUAUCACGAUGGAAGCUCUUUUAGAGUUUCUUCACGAGUACUUGGCCGAAAAAAUGAAGUCCAGUCGCAAGUCUUCAAUCACAUCUGAGUCCCUGGGAAGCGCGAGCAAAUCCUCGGAAACUCAGAGGACUUCGAAAACUCAAAGCUCUCGUGAGUUUGAAAGUAAUCGAGAGUUUGUAAACUCGGCUUUGAGCAACGAUAAAAAAUCUGGGUUAACUCAACUGAAAGUAUCUCAAGAUUCAGCAGAUCGGCUUCUCAAGUAUCGUGACGAGUAUCAGCGGCUCUGCAGUUUAAGUCCCAUGUAUACGAGUAAUAGCUUAAACAAACCCUGGGACGUUGUUUCGUGGAUAUCGGAUAAACUGAUUGACGAGCUGAUAGUAGAAAUUUCCAAAGAACUCCAGAUGGAUGACCUCAUAAAAAAAUUAGUCGACUUAGAAUUUCAAGACUUUUAG